AUGGGGGUGAUUUUCUCAUCGCAGUAUUUGACAAGUGUCAAUAAUACAGUUAAGAUCGCGCAGACCAAUAUUGCAAGACAAAGGUCACACGGAGAUGCUGCUUUGCUGCAAUUACAGAACAUUAAAAAACAACUGGAUAACUUGAAGUUAGAAAUAUAUUUCAAGGUAUGUUCUGGGUGCAAAUCUACCGUUAAGGAAAUCCUCGGUGAAACACCGCCAGUGAAACGUAACCUGACAGACAUUUUGCCUCCAGAAAGGCAGAUGUUACUACGUGAGAUGGUACACAGUAUGAUCGAGUUACAGUUGUCCAAGUCGGGGCACACGGAUGCGUCUGAUACAGAAGUAGAUGAGGCACUAGUAGAUGAGGCACUAGCAGUGUUUGAUGUAGGUCGGUAUACCGAAUUGGAGGAGUUGCUUCGUGCUACCACGGAGAAGAGUCAACAAAAUGAUAAAAGCUAUGCAGAUAAUAUCCUAAAAGCACACUUUGAAACGGACACAAUUCUCCUUUCUAAACUUGCACUUGAAAAAGAACUAAACGAAAUGAAAAAUAAAAUCGAAGAUUUGUUGGUUGAAAGAGACAAACAAACAGCUCAGAUAGAGGAGUUAGAAAUUGUUGUGAAAAGUCGCACCAACGAAGGAUACCAAUUAAAAACAGAAAACACGCGUCUGAAAAAUGCGAAUAUCGUCCUGCAAGCUACAUUGGAUUCACAAAUAAAAGCGUUAGCUCAUAUGAAAGAAACAACAGAUUUCCAAACUGCAUGUGACAAAGAAAAAAAUCGACAGGUACAAAUGGCAACAUAUGAAACUGACAAAGAGAACGAGUAUGGAAAUCAUACCCAUACAGAGAUUAGACAAGGUGACGGGGAACAAAGGUCGACUGUUAAUGAAAGACAAAAACGAGAAAUCGACAAAAUCCAAUCUGAUCCAGUCGCUUUAAUGGUUAAAAUGCUGCUGUUUGUGUAUGAAGGAAAACAGGUUGAGCAACUACAAACAGCACAAGAAAAAACAUCCACCGCUAUUCAGGAGUUGAGGGAGGCUAAGCAUAUCCCUGAGGAGGAAAAUGCAAAGCACCUGAAAGAAAUGACUAGUUCUACGGAACAAGAGAAAAUUUUAGAGAAACAAUGCGAAGACUUGAAGGGAGAACUGGAAAAGUCCGAAACUACGCUGGUACAUCUGAAAGUGGAACAACAAAACAUGAAGCACCAACGUGGGGAAGAAAAUGCAAGAUACGCGAAGGAAAUUUCCAGACUAGAGGAAAAUGAGAUCACUUUACAGAGACAAUGCAAGAAUUUGCAGGAAGAGUUAGAACAAUCAGAAGUCUCACUAGCACGCAUGAAAAUGGAUUACGACAAGAUGCAGGAGUCCUUUCAGAAUCGUAUGAAAAAAAUGGAAGAAAAACAUGCAAACACCUCGAAAGAUUUACUCAAUUCUACACAGGAGAUCGACAGGCUAAAAACCCUUUUGAAUACGCUAGAAUAUGAAAUAGAAACUGUCAACGAAAAAUUCACUAGUAUGUUCAAAACCAAGAAUGAAAUUGAAAUGGCGUCUGAGAGACUGGAAAGAGAAAAGAAAGAAAUGGAAGAUGCCUUAAAUAAAGAGUUAAGGCAACUCAAAAAUGAAAAUACCAGUAAUAUCAAUGAAAUGGCGAAUGUUGCUGAAGAAAAUACUGUACUAAAACGAACACUUACUACACUAGAAAGUCAAAACGCGACACUGAAUGAGAAGAUAGCCAUUAUGUACCAAGCACAAACGGAACUUGAAAUUGAUUCAAAGAAAAUGCAAGAAAUGAAAGAUUCAAUGAACGAACAAAUGAAACAUCUGCAAGAUGAAAAUUCAAGUCUUGUAAAAGAAAUGGCUAACUCUAUAGAGGAGAUACAGAAUCUAAAGAGAACAUUAGGGAGUGUGUCCCAGUCCAGGGAUGAACUUGAAAAAGAUGUAAAGAUUCUUGAAGUCGAAAAGAAAGAAGUAUCUGAACGGCUAAACGAACAAGUGACACAGCUCCAGGAAAUGACGGAGAAACUCUCUUCCAGUGGUGACUUGCUUCAGAAGGAAAACGCCAAACUUAAGGAGGAUCUCGGUACCGCCGACCAGCGGCUGCGAUCAGCAGGAGGAGAAAUAGAAAAAUGUCGAGACUACAAUCAACAACUGGAAAACGAAGUUGUUCUAUAUGUCGCAGAAAUCAACAAUUUCUCGACGGAAAUCACCGAAUUAAAAACAAAUUUAUCUGAAUCGGAUAUUUUAAUAUGCCGUUUACAAAAAGAAAGAACGACUUUAUCUGAUUCCAAAGACCAUUUUGAAUCCUUAGUGCACAAUCUACAAGCGGAAAGAGAGGACAUACGGGAAGAAUUGACCAAGCAGAUGACAGAUAAACCAGAAGAGAAGGAAGACAUUUUCUCUGUAAUUUCUGGACUCAAUUGUUACGUUGACAAGUUGCAAUUUGAACUUCGAACAAAAUCCCAAAAUCUCGAAUCAGCACUUGCUGAACUCGAAGAAAUUAAAAACAGAAGGAAAUCGGUCGUGAUGGGUCUCCGUGUGGAGCGAAGUGGGCUUGGCAAAACUAUGAUAGAUUUGGUUUCAAAGGAAUUGACGAAACGAUUGCAAAAAUGUCUUGAGAAAGAAAGGAUUGACAUAGACAUAAAGCUGUGCCAGACACGAGAUGACGUACCUCACGUGCCCCUGUUUGUGUUGUGUCUGAACAUGUCACGUGUUGGUACAAACAUACGUGAAGCUAUAGAGGGAAUAAAACCCAACCGAGACGUAUAUGCUCUGGUCCUACACAACACAGUCAAGGAAAAUCUAUUAUUGCUGACACCAACUGGCCAUCGUGUGACAGGUCAAGAUCUACGACAGCUCGGUGGUAUCAUAGAUAUGGCCCUUACCAGCGACAGUGGUUUGUAUGAAUGUGACCUCAACGAAACCGCCGUGGACAAGAUGGCCGCAAUUCUCAAGAGAUAUUCACAGUAG